AUGUCAGAGCCACCGCAUAGGCCACGGCCUGCCACGUCCCCGACCCGCGACAAAUCCCAUUCCCCGUAUAGAGACUCUCCUUCACGACGACUACGAGAUCUCGAAACCGGUUCGAACAAUUAUCGCGGCGCUCCGUAUCCCUCCCAGCACUUUGCUGCCGACCCGUACCCUGAAUCGCCCAGUUCCAAAGCAGCCGACUGGGAACCCAUCAUGUCGAAUCAAAUAAAUCAGACCGAACUAGGUCGCAAGAAGUCCCUCAUCAGACCAGAACGCAACCGAAUAGACCGAGAUCAUCCUAAUUACCACUAUCGCAAGCAUGCGCAGAACAUGGAGGUCUUCCCAUCGACCACAGGCAAUGACCCAGUGGUGGAAGAACUAGUGGAAGCACGAACCGUCAGCUCAGAAAGCACCAAUGUCAACACGCACACCGACGAUGACAUCGCGCCACAGACCCAGCAACAAGCACGCGUGCCCGGCAAAUUGGAACCUGUGGGCAAGAAGAGACAUCCGCGAAAGCUGGUGAGGAAGGACACACGGGACAUCACCACACAAGAGAAGAGCCGGAUCAAGGACACCGAAAAGCUCAAGCCGCCGAGCGCUUGGAACGUAUACUGUUCAGUGGUCACCUUUUGGGCUCCCGAUUUUCUGCUAUCAUGCUGUGGCAUGCCGAACCGAGCCCAGAAGAGAGCCUGGAGGGAGAAAGUUGGGUUGAUCAGCAUAAUCCUCCUUAUCGCCACUUUCGUUGGUUUCCUCACCUUCGGCUUCACCCGAGCAGUCUGCCCUGCUCCCGGAUUGCGUCUCAAGAUCAACCACGUUGACCGUGGAUACAUGAUCUUCCAUGGAGAUGCCUACAACCUGGAUGGGUCUAUGCAUCCUGCGGCCUUGGGGGUUCCACUAGACAGCAACGUCCUCUAUGAUUUGCCGCACAAGUACGGUGGCCAGGAUGGAAGUUUCAUGUUCCAGAAGGUCAACGGACAGUGCAAAGAUCUGAUCACUUUGGCUCCUGGCUCUGAUGUUCCCACAAAUGCCGACGGGGAUCUAGCGUGGUAUUUUCCAUGCAACGCAUUUAACCAGGAUGGUUCGUCGCCUGUGAACACCACCAACCCGUACUACCUCGGAUAUGCUUGUCAUACGACGGGCAAAGCAAGGACGACGUUUUUCCAUGACCUCAAAAAAGCCGGUGAGGUCUUCUUCACCUGGGAUGAUGUCAAAAACUCCAGCCGAAAUUUGGUGGUCUAUUCAGGAUCAGUCAUCGAUCUGGAUUUGCUGAGAUGGUUCAACGAAAGCCAAGUGGUCUGGCCCAAACAAUUUGACGAUAUGCGAGAGAGCGAUCUGAUCCGUGGGACCGAUAUUACUCACCUGCUGCAAUCUGGCCUCGACAGGAAAGUCGGCAAAUGCCUGACCGAAAUCGCCAAAGUUGGCUCAGUCGACACCGAGACCAUUGGAUGUAUCGCCUCCAAGGUCGUUCUUUACGUUUCCUUGGUCUUCAUUCUUGCUAUCGUCCUGGUUAAGUUCUUCCUCGCCCUGGCCUUCCAGUGGUUCUUGGCUCGAAAGUUCGCAGCCGCGAAGACCUCGCAGACGGCAGAUCCCAAGAAAAGAGCUCAGCAGAUUGAGGACUGGGCAGAUGAUAUUUAUAGGCCCGCGCCGAAAAUCACAGAUCCUGCUAGCACGGUUUCUGGAUCUGAUGGACGAACCAGCAAACGCGGAAGCCAGUUGUUCCCUCAGACAUCCCGAUUUACCAGUCCCUAUGCCGUGGAACGAGUUACGAAGACAAAUCGACUCCCACCUACCACUAUGACCAGUCAAGCCUCAAAUGCAAGAAUGGUCCAGCCUGGAAGUGGAAUCUACAAGACCGGUUAUAAUAGCAGUCAAAACACCUUGGAUCUCCCUUCGCGGAUGAGCGUUGGUGCUAGCAGAUCCAGUCUGCUCCUUUCGGGUCAUGAAACCCGUUACUCGGUUGUAAUGGACUCGCUUGGCGAAGCAGGUGCCCCCGUGGGCUUCAUCCAUGAAAAUGUCGUGCCUCAGCCGCCUCCGGAGUGGCAACCUUUCGGCUAUCCCCUUGCUCACUGCAUCUGCCUGGUCACAGCGUAUUCUGAGGAUGCAGCAGGAAUCCGCACUACUCUCGACUCCAUCGCGACAACCGACUACCCGAACAGCCACAAGGCCAUCUUGGUCAUUUGUGACGGCCUGAUCAAGGGCGCAGGCAAUGACAUCACAACGCCUGAGAUCGUACUUUCAAUGAUGGGUGACUGGGUGGUUAUGCCUGAGGACGUCCAAGCCUUCUCCUACGUGGCUGUCUCAAGCGGCUCGAAGCGACACAACAUGGCCAAGGUCUAUGCUGGAUUCUACGACUACGGCCAGGACUCCAAGAUCGAUCCCAGCAAGCAGCAACGUGUGCCCAUGAUGGUAGUAGUCAAAUGUGGAACGCCCGAGGAAGCUCUGGCUAGCAAACCCGGCAAUCGAGGCAAGCGUGAUAGUCAGAUUAUCCUGAUGUCCUUUCUGCAAAAGGUUAUGUUCGACGAAAGAAUGACCGAACUCGAAUACGAAAUGUUCAACGGACUCUGGAAAGUAACCGGCAUGUCACCGGACUUCUACGAGACGGUGCUCAUGGUCGACGCCGACACCAAAGUGUAUCCGGACAGUCUUACGCACAUGAUCUCAGCCAUGGUGAAAGAUCCUGAAAUCAUGGGCCUUUGCGGCGAAACCAAGAUCGCGAACAAGAGCGAGUCGUGGGUGUCCAAGAUACAGGUGUUUGAGUACUUCAUCUCACACCAUCUGUCAAAGUCCUUCGAGUCUGUCUUCGGUGGUGUCACCUGCCUGCCAGGAUGUUUCUGCAUGUACCGAAUCAAAGCACCUAAAGGCGGACAAAACUACUGGGUCCCUAUCCUGGCCAACCCGGAUAUCGUGGAACACUACUCGGAGAACGUCGUUGACACAUUGCAUAAGAAGAACCUUUUGCUGCUGGGCGAAGACAGAUACCUGUCGACUCUCAUGCUGAAGACCUUCCCGAAGCGCAAACAGGUAUUCGUCCCUCAAGCGGUUUGCAAAACGACCGUCCCGAACCAGUUUAAAGUCCUGCUCUCACAGCGUCGUCGAUGGAUCAACUCCACGGUGCACAAUCUCAUGGAACUGGUGCUUGUACGGGAUUUGUGCGGCACAUUCUGCUUCAGCAUGCAGUUUGUCGUAUUUAUCGAGCUGAUUGGUACCCUUGUCCUCCCGGCGGCUAUCACGUUCACGUUCUACCUGGUCAUCAUUUCCAUUGUCGCCAAACCGGUUCCGGUCAUUCCGCUCAUUUUACUCGGUCUCAUCCUCGGUCUUCCCGCCAUCCUCAUCGUCCUGACAGCCCACAGCUGGUCCUACGUCGCCUGGAUGGGUAUCUACCUUCUUUCUCUACCGAUCUGGAACUUCGUCCUCCCAGCUUACGCCUACUGGAAGUUUGAUGAUUUCAGUUGGGGAGAGACCAGGAAAACAGCCGGAGAAACGAAGAAGAGCGGCGGUCAUGGCGAAGCGGAAGGAGAAUUCGAUAGCUCCAAAAUCACCAUGAGGAGGUGGGGCGACUUUGAGAAAGAGCGACGAGCACAAGCGAGCGGAGCUGGAUGGGCACAGCACCCUCUUGCGCCUCCAUCAAGGGGUGGCGGUGGGAUGACGAGCGACUAUGCUUCCAGUCAAAGCGGAUUCGAACCAUACCACGACUAUUGA